AUGUACUGGAAACAGAAGUCCAUGAUAAAUUGGUUGGAAGAAGGAGACCGUGAUACAAAAUUUUUCCAUACAACAGCUACUGAGAGACAGAGAAGAGCCAUGAUUACCUGUAUUGAAUUGAUGUCGGGUGAGGUAUUGACGGAUCCAGCAGACAUUAAGAGGGAAGCUAUCAGGCAUUUUAAGGAGUUGUUUAAAGGGAGAACCAGCCCGGUGAACUCAAAUUUGCUGGAUUUGGUGCCCCCACUUGUGACACAGGAAAUGAAUGAUUUUCUCAUGGCGCCACCUUCCAUCCAAGAGGUUAAGUCGGUUAUUCAGUCCAUCCCGUCUGAUAGUGCGCCCGGGCCAAACGGUUUUUCAGGAGUAUUUUACUCGGCAUGUUGGGACAUUAUUGGAAAGGAUAUUCACAAGGCGGUAGUUUAUUUCUUCCAGGGCGGUAAGCUCCCUCAGGCAGUAAAUUCUUCUUUGAUAUGUUUGGUCCCCAAGGGGACCGCGCCUAGGAAAUGGUCUGAUUUCCAUCCCAUAAGUCUAUGUAACUGCAUCUAUAAGAUAUUCUCUAAGAUAAUAGCGGUCAGACUCAGCCAGUUUCUCCCAUCCCUCAUCUCCCAAGAGCAAGGAGCAUUUAUCAAAGGCUGGGCUAUUUCAGAAAAUAUUGCACUUUCGCAAGAGCUUUUCAGGGUGAUCAAUAGGAAGACCAGAGGUGGGAAUGUGGUGCUCAAAUUGGAUAUGAAAAAAGUAUAUGACAAGGUAGAUUGGGCUUUUCUAAAGCAAGUCUUGACGCGCUUUGGGUUUUCUUCUAAGUGGGUCAACAUUGUCGAAAACUGCUGGGCUAGUUGUUGGUUCUCUGUGCUGAUCAAUGGGGAAGUUAUGGGCUUUUUCAAAUCCUCUUGUGGGCUGAGGCAAGGAGAUCCGCUCUCUCCAAGCCUUUUCAUUCUGGGGGCAGAGGUUCUGAGCCAGGGUCUAAAGCAUAUGGUGUCGAUUGGAAGUUGUGCUCCUUUUACACUCAGGAGAGGCUGCCCACAAGUUUCCCACCUCCUAUAUGCGGAUGAUACUCUUCUCCUUGUUAACGGAGGAAGACUGAAAAGUAGUGCAUUUCAGCCCCUGGUGGACAAAGUGGGGGGCCGUAUUCGGGGUUGGAGAGCUAGGCUCCUGUCGCAAGCGGGGAGAUUGGUUCUCACUAAGCAUGUAUUGGGAAGCAUUCCCAUUCACACAUUGGCUGCCACCAUCCUCCCAAAGCAAGUAAUGUCUGAGCUAGAGAGAUGUUUCGCCUCCUUUUUUGGGGAUGGGCAGACGGAGUCCAGCCUUUGGGCUUCGUUUGUGGCAGCUAAGUAUUGCUUCAAUCAGGAAUCGUCGGUGGAUGGGGUUUCUGCCGGGAGAGGAUCGCCUUUCUGGAAGAAAAUUAUGAGCCUUCAACCGUUUCUUCAAACAAAGGUGUUGGGCUCAAGUGGCCUCCUCCCGCCAUCGGUGGCCCUGUCCUUGCUCCCCCAAGAGACGAUUGAUUACAUCUCCCAGCGUGGUUUCUGUUUAACGGUUGGACCAGACACUCCUCUAUGGCCCUUCACCACUACAGGCAAUUUUUUAGUGAAAUCUGCUUGGGACGCUAGCAGACCUCUCGCCCCCAGGAAGGGCUGGGCGCGGUGGGUGUGGCAUCGGAAUCUUCUGCCGAAAAUUUCCCCCUUUCUUUGGAGGUUGCUUCAUAACGAUGUUCCAGUUGAGAAGGCUAUUCAAUCCAGAGGGGUACCCCUUGCUUCAAAGUGUGUUUGCUGCAGGGAUGGAUACGAUCAGGGCCCAACUGUAGAGUCCAUUCCUCACCUCCUUCUGGAUGGUCAGCUUGCUUCUUCCGUUUGGGGUUAUUUCGGAGUGCAAUUCAGGAUAUCUAUUAGGCCGGCGGCGAUGGUGGAAGCGAGAAUUACGCAGUGGAAAAGGGUCUACUCGGACAGCAGAGGACAUUCAGAAAGCUACCUCCUGGUGCCGGCAUAUAUUCUUUGGGAGCUAUGGAAAUCUAGGAAUGGGGCGAUUUUUGACGAUAAAGAGCCAUCUCCUCAGUCCGUGGUCUCAUGGCAGAAACCACCUAACGGUUGGGUGAAAGUUAAUGUCGAUGGUUCCUCUAGGGGGAACCCGGGUUUGUCAGGGGGUGGCGGUGUUUGCAGAAAUGAUAAGGGCGAUUUCCUUUUUGGUUUCGCAUUCGGAUAUGGAGUGAUGUCGAAUAUUGGCGCUGAGAUUAGAGCGGCUCAUGAUGGUCUUCUUCUGUGUAUUGAGAAAGGAUUUUCCAAAGUGGUGGUGGAGUCAGAUUCUGAGUUGGUGAUUAAGGUUUUCAACGAGGAUGCUAACAUUGGCUGA